CAUCACUAACUAAUUGGGCAAACGGAGCUGAUGUUGGGCUUUCUGGAGGGAUUGCGAGGCCGUGGAGCCGGGACUGAAGCCGGAGACGGAACCGAGCAGCUACCCAGUCACAUCUACAGCGAGUUCUUUGCGGAACAGCUGCAAACGAGGAAGGAGACCAACGGGCAAUGCCUUGCCGAUGACAAGUCCAAAUCCCUGCUGCUGGACAGCUUCGAAGCGGAGGCCAGCAAUCAAGUGGAGGCACCGGCAGCCACCGACCACGAUGCCUGGAUCUUUGGCUACGGCUCGUUGGUGUGGAAGGCGGACUUUCCCUAUAUAGACCGGCGUCGCGGCUUCGUUUGGGGCUUCAAGCGUCGCUUCUACCAGCACAGUAUCGAUCAUCGCGGCAUACCGGAGCGUCCGGGCCGAGUUGUUACCCUGCUGCCGGGUGAUCCUAACCAGGAUCGUGUUUACGGUGUGGCCUAUCGCAUUGCGGCUAGCCAAAAGGCCGCUGUGCUCGAUCAUCUGGACUAUCGGGAGAAGAAUGGCUACGAGCGCUGCAGCCUGGAGUUCCACGAGUACCCAGUAGCCACCACCACGCCCAUCCAAGUGAUAAUGUACGUGGCCACACAGGCCAAUGACUCGUAUGCGGGCAAUGUCUCGGAGGUGGCCAGCAUCGCCAGGCAGAUCUUUAGCUCUGCCGGCCCCAGUGGCCCCAAUCGCGAGUAUCUAUUUAAUUUGGCCACCGCCAUGGCAGAGCUAUUCCCCGGGGCCGUUGAUGAACAUCUCGAAGAGCUGGUGGUUAACGUAAGGCGUCACAUAGCCGAGGAUGAGCCCCAUCUUCUAAGGCAGGCUGUGCUGGAGGAGAUUGCAAGUAUUCUGCGGGAGAAGGAGCUGCCGGAGCAGGCUCAGGCACAGAAGCUGGAGGAGCUGCUGAUGCGUUGCCAGCAGCCAGGUGGCCGCGAGUGGCUGCUCCAUGGCGCCCUGCAGCAGAGGAGGAGCGAGACGUGACCGCCAAGAGAGUGCUGUACCUUUUCAUAUUGUAAAAUAACUCCUGGACCAAGGACGAUCAGUGGAGGCAUCUGUUCUCCCUCAAUAUUUAUAAAUAGAAACAUUAAUUAUUGUGAUUAAACAUAAAUAAAUUUAUGAGAAUAAUGUAGAAAAAGCA